GUCGUCUCCCUCGAUCUCCACUCUCCACCAGUCCACUCCCCUCUCUUCUCCACCCACCAACAGCCCACCCACCCCCCACGAGCAUCUCACAUCUCCAUCGCGAGCUCGCUCGCUAGCUAGCUACCUUAAGUCCAGAUCCAAAUCACGGCAACGGCGUGUUGUUUUGGGGGGCAAUGCCAGGGAGCGUGCCGCUGGCGCUGGGGCUGGACACGGUGGGGCUCCAGGUGCCGUGGUACUUCCGGUGCCCGAUCUCGCUGGAGCUGAUGCAGGACCCGGUGACGGUGGCCACGGGCCAGACCUACGACCGCGCCAGCAUCGAGUCCUGGGUGGCCACGGGGAACACCACCUGCCCCGUCACCCGCGCGCCGCUCGCCGACUUCACGCUCAUCCCCAACCACACGCUCCGCCGGCUCAUCCAGGAAUGGUGCGUCGCGCACCGCUCCCUGGGCGUGGAGCGCAUCCCCACGCCCAAGCAGCCGGCCGACCCGGACCUCAUCCGCUCCCUCAUCGCGCAGUGCCCGGGCCUCCCGGCCCUCCGGAAGCUCAGGGCGCUCGCCAGGGAGUCGGACAAGAACCGGCUCGUCAUGGCCACGCACGAGACCAGGGCGGCGCUCGUCGAAAUGGCGUUCGGGGCCGGAGGAGGAGGCGAGGAGGCACAGGCGGAAGCUAUGGCGGUGCUCUCGCUGAUCGGGAUGGGGGAGGCGGAAGCUGUCGAGGUGGUUGGGAGGGAGGAGCGUGUGGCCAGGCUCGGCAAGCUUCUCGGCAGCAGCCAGGGGAUUAUGACGCUGGAGGCCAGGGUUAAUGCCGGCGCCGUCGUGGAGGCGGCUGCCGCGGUGUCGGGGGCCGAGGCCAGGGUGGUGCUCGGCGUGGCGGAAGGGGUCAUGGAAGGGCUUGUCGCGCUGGUGGACGAGAAGGGCAACAACGCCCGCGCCGUGCGCGUCGGGAUCCGGGGCCUCUUCGCGCUGUGCCUGGCCAAGGAGAACCGGCCGCGCGCCGUGGCCGCGGGCGCCGCGUCGGCGCUGGCGCGGCGCGUGGCGGAGGGCGGGUGCGCCGGGGAGCCGGAGCGCGCGCUGGCGGCCGUGGAGCGGCUGUGCCGGACAGAGGGCGGCCGCGACGCGGUCGUGUCCGGCGCCGGGGGCGGCGCCACGGCGGUGACCGCGCUGGUGCGCGCCAUGUCCGGGCGCGCGGCGGAGCACGCGGCGGGGGCGCUGGUGGCCGUGGUGGGCGGGUCGGAGGCGCUGCAGGUGGAGGCCGUCCGGGCCGGCGCCAUGAGCCAGCUGCUGCUGAUGGUGCAGGGCGGCUGCUCGGAGCGCGCCAAGCGCAAGGCGCAGCACCUGCUGAAGCUGCUCCGGUCCGCCUGGCCCACCACCGACUCCAUGGCCAACUCCGACGAUUUCCUCAACCCAUACUAAUUAGCUCAUCCACAUUGCACCAUUCAAUUCGCACUGUAAUCCCCCCCAGCUCGAUUCCAAGCCAAUCCACUCCAACCACGGCGGGGCUGGCCGGGGCGUGUUGUAUGUAACGGCGGUACGUAGUAGGAGAAAUUUCCAGUUUUGUAUGUAUCGUUGGGGGCUAGGGAGGGGUUCUUCUUGAUUCGAUCAAUAGGCAAAAGCCAGCAGAAUAUUUCCUGGGAAAA